AUGAUUAAUGCUUGGCAUAUUGUGAAAGCAUCUAAUUUGCUACGUACCUAUAAAACACCGAUUAUUUGUCAUCUUAUAAGCAGAGUGAGUUCUUCGAAGGCGGAGUCUUUUCUCUCUGGUUCCAAUGCCAAUUUUUUGGAAGCCCAAUAUGUAGACUGGGCGAAGAAGCAACCCUUGGAUUCUUCUUGGGAUUGUUUCUAUGAAAGCCUUAAUGGCCCUACUCUGAAAAUUGAGGAACUUGAAGACGAAUUUUCUCCGAAAACACAGAAGCCGAAGGAUAAUAAAAAUGAGUGCAGCAGCGAGCAGAUCAAGUUACAUUUGGCUGUUCAGAAUCUGAUAAGAAGUUAUCAGGCUCGUGGGCACUUGCUGGCGAAGACUGAUCCUCUGAACAUGACCAUUGCUGUACAUUGGAUGAUGAAAGCACAGAACCUACCUCUGGACACGAGAGGCAUGGAAUGUAAAUUCGUCACUAGGGAGCUGGGAACCAUUCUCUGUGAUAAACAUAUGGACAUGGAAUUUGAGCUGCCUGAUCGAGCUUUUAUCGGUGGAACUGAAACAAAGUUAACCCUUAGGGAAAUCAUAAGCCGAUUAGAGAAAGUGUACUGUGGCUCCAUUGGGUUAGAGUACAUGCACUUGCACGAUCUAGACUGCCUCCAAUUUAUCCGAGAGCGAAUGGAGACGCCGGGCGCCAUGGAUAAGACACAGGAAGAGAAAAAACUCAUCAUGCGUAGGCUGACGAAAGCCGUCUACCUUGAGAAAUAUUUUGCGACCAAGUGGCCCGCGGAGAAGCGGUUCGGUCUGGAGGGUGGCGAGAGCAUGAUCGUGAUGCUGGAGGAGAUCGUGGACACUAGCACCGAGCUCGGCGUCGAGUCCAUUGUCAUGGCCAUGCCACACAGAGGUCGUCUGAACGUGUUGGUCAACGUGUGCCGCAAGCAGCUCACUGAUAUUUUUGCUCAAUUCAAACCCAUGGAGCCCAAAGAGCCGGGGUCGGGUGACGUCAAGUACCACCUGGGUACGUACAUCCAUCGCUUCAUCAGGCGCACCAACAGAUACAUCAAGGUGUCGAUGAGCUGCAACCCCUCGCAUUUGGAGGUGGUCACACCCGUCGCGGCUGGAAAAACCCGGGCCGAGCAGUACUGGACCGGCGACAAGAACGGUGAUAAGGUAAUGGCGAUUAUAAUCCACGGUGACGCGGCGUUUUCGGGGCAGGGCAUUGUGUACGAGACGGUGCACAUCGGGCAGCUGCCCAACUUCACUACGCACGGCGCCAUACACAUCAUCUGCAACAACCAGAUCGGGUACACCACCGACCCUAGGUUCGCCAGGAGCUCGCCCUACUGCACCGACGUGGCAAAGUGCGUGGACGCGCCGGUGCUGCACGUGAAUGGCGACGACGCGGAGGCAGUAGCGCACGUGGCACGCGUGGCCAUCGCCUACCGCUGUCGCUUCAAGCGGGACGUCGUACUCGACCUCGUGUGCUACCGCCGCUUCGGCCACAGCGAGGAGGACGAGCCCAUGUUCACGCAGCCCUUCAUGUACAAGAAGAUCAAGACUAUGAAAACAGUUGACCAGAUAUACGCCGAUAAAUUGAAAGCUGAGGGAAUGGUAACAGACGCUGAAAUCAAGGGUUGGGAGAAAGAAUACAUGGACACACUGAACAAGCACUUCGAGCUGGCCAAGAAGGUGACAAAAUUGAGCAUCAUGGACUGGAUCGAUACACCGUGGACUGGGUUCUUUGAAUCGACGGAUCCUAAACGGAUCGCUGAUACAGGAAUAUGCGAAGAAUCCAUAAUGACAAUUGCAAACCACUUUUGCAAGCCGCCCGAGCCCUGGGCGUUCGAAGUUCACAAGGGCAUCAAUAAAAUAUUGUCGAAUCGAGAGAAGCUGGUAAAACAAGGCGUUGCGGACUGGGCAAUGGGCGAGGCAUUGGCAUACGGGUCGCUGCUGCGCGACCGCAUACAUGUGCGCCUCACCGGCGAGGACGUCGAGCGGGGCACUAUGGCCCACAGGCACCACGUGUAUCAUCAUCAAGGCGUGGACGGAGCCACGUACAGAGUCCUUGACACCCUGUACCCGGAUCAGGCCAAGUACUCGCUUCACAACAGUUCCUUAUCAGAGUUCGGGAUCCUCGGCUUCGAGACUGGCUACUCGUACUCUAGCCCAUAUCAGUUGUCGAUUUGGGAGGCGCAGUACGGUGACUUCGCGGACACGGCUCAACCAAUUUUUGAUACGUUCAUCAGCAAUGGCGAGAGCAAGUGGGUCUGCCAGUCUGGCAUCGUGGUGCAAUUACCGCAUGGAAUUGAUGGCGCGGGCCCAGAGCACUCCUCAGCGCGCGUGGAGCGUUACUUGAUGCAGUGCAACGACGAUGAGGACAUUCUUCCAGACCUUGACGACAAAGACUUGGUGUUGAAUCAACUUCGGGCAUCAAACUGGAUAGUGUGCAACGUGACCAACGCGGCCAACUAUUGUCACUUGAUGCGGCGGCAGGUGGCGCUCCCGUUCCGCAAGCCGCUUAUUAUAUUUACACCAAAGAUCGGCCUCAAGCACCCAUACUACCAAUCGCCGUUAAAAGACUUCUUACCUGGCACCACUUUUAAAAGAGCCAUUCCAGAGGAUGGACCAGCAUCAAAAAAUCCAAAGAGCGUGAAGAAGCUGAUCUUCUGUUCAGGCAAAGUGGCCAUCAUCAUCAACGAUUUGCGCAAAGAGAAGAAGCUAGAAGACAAAAUAGCGAUGUGCCGCAUCGAACAGCUCUACCCGUUCCCCUACGAUAUUGUUCUGAAAGAAUUCUGUAAGUACAAAGAGGCCAAAGUGGCGUUUUGCCAAGAAGAGCACAAGAAUCAAGGUCCAUGGCCGUAUUGCAAAGUGAGGAUGGAGAACUUAUUUGGACAAAAAAUAGAGUGUAUCUCGAGGCCUACGAGCGCGGCGUCGGCCACUGGCAUCAAGUGGGUACACUCAAAGGAACUACAAGAGCUUAAAGAAGGAAUCAUCAAAUUAUAA